AUGCGCUCCCUGCCCGUUUGCACUGUACUCGUUCGAUCCCACACCUGUCCCACGUCCCGCGAUCGCUCUCCCACCCCUUCGUCUCGCACCUCUCCGUCUAGCCGCGUUCCCUCUCUCCCCUGUCCCUCCUCCCGCGUUCCCUAUCGCACCCGUCCCUCUUCCCCUUACCGCGUUUCCGCUUGCACCCGCUCCACGCCCCGCGUUCCCUGCGUUCGCCUGUGGUUGCCCACCUACACCAGUCGCGGUCUGGCGGGUCUUGCACCGCUGGCUGGCUUUCCGGAUGAAUCGCGCUGGAGAAUGGUGUUGACGGCGCGACAGGAGGCGUCACGACAUAUGCGGGUCGAUCACACGGGAGUGGCAGUGGCGGGGGACAUGGAGUGCACAGGCAGCAGCUGCUCUCCACCCAACCCACUCACAGCUAAGCUUAGUACCCCGCCCUGCCUCUUUCCUCCCAACCCUCGUACUUGUUGGCCCCCUUCUCUGCUCCCGCAUGCCAUCUUAUGCUCUCCUCUCACAUUUCUAACCCUAGCCGCUUACUCACUUCUCUCCAGUUCUCUCCUUGCCGGUUUAGGGGAGGGGCGUGGGGGUCAACACCGCCACUACACUGCGCUCCUCCCCUGUGGCUGUGCAGGUGGCAGUGGUGGGAGGGGAGGGGGGCAGCACUCCACUCGGCUGGGGCGGGAUGAAAGAGCAUCGGGAUUGGGUCGUCUGAAACAAGGUCACUUGGCAUCGAGUGAAGACUGCAGUGGUGCUUCAGCUGCCCUCUGCUCGCUCUCACACAAUCAGCUAAUGGCCCCUCCCUGCUCUCGGCUUGCAAACUCUCUUCUCGCUCUUGCACUCUCACCCUUCCUCCCCUCGCUGCCCACUGACCAGCUCUGCGUGUGUGCCUUGCAGGUGGAGGGGAGGGGCGGGGGUCAACACCGACGCUUCCUCACGCCCCUCCCCUGUGGCCGUGCAGUUGCCUGUGGGGAUGGGAGGGAGGCAGCACUGCCAGUCGCUGCCACAAAGGAGAGUAUCGGGGUGGGCUUGGCCUCUCAAGGUACGUCACCUGCCCUCUUGCCCUCGUCUCUCUCUCUUUCUGUUCUUCAGUUUUGCCUUCUCGAUUUCAUCAACUUCAGUCCUGCUUUUCCUUCUCUGGUCCAGCCAACUCACUGGCUUUUACUUCCCACCUUUCGUCUGCCUCCACCCCCCUCGCCUGUGGCCGUGCAGGUGCCUGUCUGUGGGGAUGGGAGGGGGCAGCUCUGCCAGUCGCUGCCACAAGGGAGAGUAUCGGGUUGUGCUUGGCCUAUCAAGGCCACUGGGCAUCGAGAGAAGACUGUAGCAGAGAAGCUGAGUAGCAGACCGGCAGCAGCAGUUGUAGCAGCAGAAGCGGCAGCAGCAGCAGCAGCAGCAGUGGGGGGUGAGGGGUUCGAGGCGGGCUAG